GGAGAGAGGAGGAGGAGGGAGGAGUGAUUGUAGCAAUUGCAUCCCGUGUCGCCGGUGUGUGUGGCAGAUAGAAGCCGCGGCCCUGCAAGCGCCAUCCUGUAACCAUGGGCAUCCGUAAGAAGAGCAGCAAGACCCCGCCGGUGCUGAGCCACGAGUUCAUUAUCCAGAACCAUGCGGACAUCGUCUCCUGCCUGGCCAUGGUCUUUCUACUUGGGCUUAUGUUCGAGAUUACAGCAAAGGCGGCCGUCAUGUUUGUCACGCUCCAGUAUAAUGUCACCAUUCCAGUAGAAGGGGUGCUUGGAGAACAAGCUUCGCUGUACCAUUAUGGCAUCAAAGAUAUGGCCACUGUAUUCUUUUACAUGCUGGUGGCAAUAAUACUACAUGCUGUUAUCCAAGAAUACAUAUUAGAUAAAAUCAACCGGCGUAUGCACUUUUCCAAGACAAAGCACAGCAAGUUUAACGAGUCUGGACAGCUAAGUGCAUUUUAUCUGUUCUCUUGCAUUUGGGGAGCGAGCAUUAUUGUCUCGGAGAAUUAUUUUUCUGAUCCGAUAAGCCUGUGGAAAGGGUAUCCUCACACUUAUUUUCCAUUCCAGAUGAAGUUCUUCUACAUUUCCCAGCUAGCAUAUUGGUUUCAUGCUUUUCCAGAGCUCUACUUCCAGAAAACUAAAAAGGAAGACAUUCCCAGGCAGCUGGUCUACAUUGGUUUGUACCUCUUCCAUAUUCUAGGAGCUUAUGUUCUCAACCUCAAUCGCCUGGGUCUGGUACUACUAGUUCUGCAUUACUUUGUAGAAUUCCUGUUCCACAUGUCACGUCUGUUUUACUUCAGCAAUGAGAAAUACCAGAAAGGAUUUACUGUGUGGGCUCUUCUCUUUGUCCUUGGGCGCCUCCUCACGCUUAUCCUUUGUGUUCUUACUGUCGGCUUUGGACUUGCACGGGCUGAAAACCAAGAGUUGGAUCUAAGUAAUGGAAACUUCAACAUUUUGGCCAUCAGAAUCAGCGUGCUGGCAUCUAUUUGCAUAACCCAGGCAUUUAUGAUGUGGAAGUUCAUUAAUUUCCAGCUGAGACGGUGGAGAGAGCAUUCAUCUCCUCAACCCUCCUCUCAAAGGAAGAAAACAACCUCUGCUAAAGGCAAGGCUUCACGAAAGGAAAAAGAGAAUGGAGUGAAUGGAACAGUAACAUCAAAUGGAGCAGAUUCUCCUCGCAGCCGUAAAGAAAAACACUCAUAAACGGAAUCCUUUUCGACCCAAUGUCCUCUUUUCCCAAAGAGAUGUUGCCUUGUGCUGUACUCGGCCCCACAGCACUAGAAUUCUUACUGUUACAACUAAUAAUGCAACGUGUUUCUAUACAACAUCAUGCCAUGAAUUUCCAAACUGUACAGGGUUGUUUUCCUCAGUCCCCUCCUCAUUUGUUUAAUGGUACAGCUCUUACAGUUCCACUGCAAACAGGACAAAGGCUACAGAAACGCUGCUUCAUUCUAAUGGAUUAAUAAUGCAAGUCAUUACUCCUAUUUUACACUGGUGCAAAUAGAAACAAGCCCUUAUCAGAGGGCCUCCAAUGAAGCCAAAUCUAAUAUAAAAACCUUGUUGGGGUUGUUCAGAGUAACUAGUGCAAAUGUGGAGUAAAUCUCGCUAAAGACAUUGAAAUAUUGGCGAUUCCCCAAGUCCCCUUGUACAAAUUCAGCACUCUACUCUUUUGAUAAGCCAACCAAACUGUUUAAAAGAUGUAACUGCUGUCAUCAAUGUAUUUACACUUUUUUUUUUUUUUUUUAUAAGACAAUUUUUUUUGAUUAAAACAACAAUAAAACAGAAAUUGAAUUGUG